AUGCGUACGGGAGCCUUGCUUUCGGCGUUGGUACCGGCAGCACACGCUGUGCAAUACGGCGACAACCAUGUCACGGUCCGUCGUGAUUCACCCCAGGUCGAGUCCAACUUCGCAGAUCCAGGUGUGCAGCUACUGUCGCCAUGGGUACUGGACAAUCAGAGCUGGCCUAUCUUACGAGGCUUCCACAAUGGCACUGACUCGCCCACCAGCCAUGCAUCUAUGGAUUACUAUCUGAGAACGCUCGACCUCCGGAAUUACUGGAUGAAUUAUUUUUCAGCAGAGUAUCUAUCACAAGAGGGUCGAAGUUUCCCUUAUGUCUACCUCUCGACAUCAUCUCAGCCUUGGACUUCAUCCGAGCCUUGGUACACCUCGCAGCCCUGGAGCCAGCGAAGUAAUGACACACGUAGCAAAGUCCGCGUGUGGCUACAAGGAGGCGUACACGGAAAGGAGCCUGCUGGCGACCAAGCAAUCAUGGCAUUCCUGGGAAAGCUCGAUGCCAACCAGACGUGGGCGGCGUCUUUGUUGCAUAAUGUCGAUAUUAUGAUUCUCACUCGAUACAAUCCCGAUGGUGUCUCCUACUUUCAACGGACAUUGGCCACCAAUUACGACCCGAAUCGUGAUCACACCAAGCUGGCUCGCCAACAGACUCGCGAUAUCAAAAAGACGUUCUCCCGAUUCGCGCCUCACGUUGCCGCUGAUAUGCAUGAAUACACGGCUUCGGCUCUCUAUGGAGGCAGCUAUCUUCCAGGUGCUGACGCUCUAUUUAGUGCGGCGAAGAACCUCAACAUCGAUGAGGGCAUACGCCGAAUGUCCGAAGAGCUCUUUGCUCCUGCUAUUGGCGCCAGCGUGGAGUCGUACGGUCUCAGGUGGGAGCCAUACGUUACUGGCGCGAGCAGCAAUGUGACCAAUUCAACGAUCACAUACUACGAGGCUGGAAGUGACGCCAAAAUUGGUCGCAAUGCCAUGGGUCUCAGCCAGGCUAUCGUGUUCUUGUGCGAGACUCGUGGUAUCGGCCUCGCAGACCAGGAGUUUCCCAGGAGGGUCACCACUGGCUUGGCCAUGAUCGAAGGGAUUGUGCAAACCGCUUCCGAUCAUGCUUAUGACGUUAUUCGCGUUGUGGAAAGUGGGAUAGAGACCUUUGUCAACAGCACAGACAGCAUCAUCGUCACUGAUGGUACGAGCAGAACUACGAGGCAGUGGACAUUCGUGGAGUAUGAGAGCGGAAACCUCGUCCAAGCCCCGGUUGAGUUUUACUCAUCCACCCCGACCACUGCCAACCUCACCAGACAACGACCUGAAGCAUAUCUCAUUCCUAGAGCCUGGACAGACCUUGUCGAUCGGCUCAAAUCUUCAGGCCUGGAAGUUCAAAAGUUGCCGUACUCUUACAGAGAUGUCGUCGAAGCACUGACGAUCACGAACGCAACUCUUUCCAGCCAGUACUACGAGGGUACAGUACUCUCUAGCGUUACGACAAGGUCUGAUAGCAUCUACGUUGAGCUGCCAGCUGGGAGCUUUUGGGUGACAACCCGGCAGAAAAACGCAGCACUUGCAUUUGUGGCGCUGGAACCGGAGAACAUCGACUCUUAUGUCAGCUUCAACAUCAUUCCAAUGGAGGUUGGAGAUGAGUACCCAAUCUACAGAGUCAUGCCGUGA